AUGGCCGGAGGUCGCGUCCAGCGAAAUCGGUUCAGGCUACCACCGAGGUCCAGCAGAGAGAACAGAUAUCUGUCUCCAGAGCUUGGGACGUCCCCGGAGCUCGAGAUUCUGUUUCAUAAUGACCAACGUCAACCGGUCCUUCAAUUUCUUCGCGAAGUUCACAUCGCACUAGACACCGGCACCGAACGUACGAAGGCAUCGUUUCUCCUCCGAUACGACAAUAAGACCAACUCCGGACCACCAGCGGACGCACCGACAACUGUCCAGUGGCAAAACUAUGAAAGCUCCGUUCCAAGUCAAGUCGCUUUCAAGGACGAAGGGCGAAUGAUAUGGGGAGACGAGGUCGAGCAGGAGCUUAGGACCGAAGGAAUCAAGCAGUCGCAGGUCAUUAGGCACCUAAAAGCUUCUCUGUUCGACGCACAAAUCCAUUCCCAACGGCCACCUCAGCCAGAACUCUCACGAAGUCUCCCCAAAAUGAGAAAAAUCGAGCUCAUGAAUAGCUUACAAUCCUGCGGCGAGGAUGCUGACGACUACCAACUGGAAAACCUGUCACUUUACUCCGACUAUAUGGGGCACGUCUAUCGCUAUGUCCUUUAUUUCAUUGCCAAGACCCAUGGUAGCCUUGGUUGGCCCGUUCGCGACAACCGCGACCUCUACAAAGCUUGGAAUCCACCGGGAAACGUGCAGAUUCGCGUUGCGUUGCCAUUACCGGUAGGAUCAACUCCCAGACAGGUGCAAUUGGUGGUAGCGGCGGCGAAAUCGGCGGGUAUACCCAACCCUUACCCAGUGGCCGAGCCUGCGUCGGCCUUAAUUCAUCAUCUCUUCAAAUCACGCGCCGAUGGCCAGUCAAUCAUUGGGAAGAGAUAUCUGAUUUCUGACGUUGGCGCUGGUUCUGCGGAUCAUCAAGUUUGGGAAGUGGUCGAGCAACAACCCCUACAACUACGGGAGAUUGGCAUUCCUGAGGAAGCUAAAACAGCCUGGUGCGGUGGAGCCUUUGUCAACCAAAUAGCUACUCAACAGAUCAUGAGGGAUAUCCGCGACAUCGACCGAGUACUAAGAGCUACACAGAGGAGCAAUGGACCAAGUGACCGACAGUCGCUUGAACUCAAGAUCGCUAAGAAGUUCGAGAAGGAGAAGCUACGAUUCGAAGGAAGAGAAACUAUCUACCUCCGGAUUAAAGGCCUCCCAGACAUACCAGAAUUUAGGCUCCGCGGCGGAAACAAGGUGAUCCUCCAGCCUGAAGAUGUCAAGAACGCCUUUGCGCCUUGUCUUGGGAGAAUUGUCUUAAUGCUUGAUACCGCCAUCAAAAGUCUCGAAAGGCAAACCUCACGAGGGACGGUACAAGGUAUUGACGAGAUUAUUGUGGUGGGAGGCGUCAGCCAAAACCGAUACUUUCUCGACCAAAUUCGCAACCGAUAUUCCGGCGGUCUAAGAAGUCUAUUCCGCUACACGAUCCCAGUUACUCUUCCUCCUGAGGCCGCGUCAGGGUCUCUCACGGUUGCGCAUGGGGCCGUGCUGCUAUCAGCGGAAAGAGAUCUUAUCAAAGAAAGAUACAUACGCAGAAGCUUCUGUGUGGGACGGCAUGAAGAGGUUGACAGGCGCAUGUACCCGGCGGAGAGCUGGUACACAAGUCCCCAGGAUGGUCAGGUUCGGGUCAACGUCACCCGUUUCCUCUUCCGACAAGGUUUCCAUCCUCAGCGGUUCUCCUCUGCCCCUUUUCAGGGCUGGCGGGGCCUUAUCCCCGAUGACAUGGAGGAUGGAAGUUGGCUGAUCCAAGAGCAGCUAUACUACUCAGAUACCCUUUCUCAGGACGGCCUGUGGAUAGAAGACCCGACCAUCGACGUUCACGCCAUGCCGGCGCCCCUCUCCUUCCGUAUCUCAUCGGAAGAAGCUCGACUAUUUCCUCGCGAGCGGGGACCAUCUAAUGUCGAGUGGUUCUACCUCGAGUAUGAGUUGAUCCUGUCUCUGGACGGACAUAUCAUGACGUUCAACUUCACGAUCCCCAAGAAAGGGCGGUUCCCUAAACGUGGUGACCGCUACGCAAAUGUUAUGCGUAAAACGGGUCGUUAUGACACUGCGGGAGUCUCUAAGCUAUUCAACUCUGCUUAG